AUGGCGCCCAAAUCUGUCCAGUAUGAGAGCCAGGCUCGGCCACAGACCCUCUACGAUAAGAUUUGGGCACACCAUUUGGUGCAUGAGGCUGAUGGCACAAGCCUCAUCUACAUCGAUCGUCAUUUGGUUCACGAGGUCACCAGCCCUCAGGCGUUUGAGGGCUUGCGCAUGAGCAACAGAGAGGUCCGAAGGACCGACUGCACCCUGGCCACGGUGGAUCACAACAUCCCGACUUCAAGCAGGAAGGACUUUAAGGAUACCAAGAGCUUCAUUGAAGAGGCAGACUCCAGAACGCAGGUUGUUACCUUGGAAGACAAUGUCCAGGAAUUUGGUCUGACCUAUUUUGGGAUGGAGGACAAACGCCAGGGGAUUGUGCAUGUGAUUGGUCCCGAGCAGGGCUUCACUCUUCCGGGAACCACAGUGGUUUGUGGCGACAGCCACACGUCAACCCAUGGUGCUUUCGGAGCAUUGGCAUUUGGCAUUGGAACAUCAGAAGUUGAGCAUGUGCUCGCGACGCAGACACUGCUCAUGAAGAAAGCAAAAAAUAUGCGGAUCAAGGUGUCUGGGAAGCUGACCGAGGGAGUCACUUCCAAGGACGUCAUCCUGCACAUCAUCGGCAUCAUCGGCACAGCGGGUGGCACCGGAUGCGUCGUGGAAUUUUGCGGAGACGUGUUUGAGAACAUGUCUAUGGAGGCCCGGAUGUCCGUGUGCAACAUGACCAUUGAGGCCGGCGCCAGGGCUGGAAUGGUCGCUCCAGAUGAGAUCACAUUCAACUACCUGAAAGGAAGGCCUUUGUGCCCAAAAGGGAAGGAGUGGGACAAGGCCGUGGAAUAUUGGAAAAGCCUGCGAACCGACAAGGGAGCGAAGUUUGACAAGGACAUUUACAUCGACGCUGCUGACAUCGCUCCAACAGUCACCUGGGGAACCAGCCCAGAAGAUGUGAUCCCCAUCACUGGGACUGUGCCAGACCCCAGCGAGGCAACAGAUGAGACAAAAAGGACUGGUAUGGCGAGGGCCCUUCAGUACAUGGGUCUAGAGCCCGGUACAAAGAUGCAGGACAUCUCCAUUCAGAAGGUGUUUAUUGGAUCCUGCACAAACAGCCGAAUCGAGGACAUGCGACACGACCUCAGCACUGAACUCGCCGGACUCGCCGGACUCGCGAUGAAAUGUGGAGCUUUCAAGAUCGAAGCAUCUCCAGGCAGUGUCGCCUCGGUGGUCAAGGGAAAGAAGGUUGGAGAUGGUUGGAGCACUGGAGCAUCGUUCUUGUUAUAA